AUGACCACAUCCAGCAGGCAGAGCUCUUCUACAUCUAUGGUCAACAACUUGGCCAAAAUAUUUGAUCCAAACACUUUGCAAAACCAAGGGCCUGAUAAUGGAAUGGAACCUCCUCAAAUUCUUCAUGUUGCAAGCAGUGAUAUCAGUACAUCUGAAAGUUUUAACAUCAUGGAUAUGAAGUUUGCCUCCCUUGAAGAGAAAAUUGAUAAGCUGUUGACUCUGCAAGACAAUGUCCUUAAGAAGCUUAACAGUGUUUCCCAAGAAAUCUGUUGCAUCGAAAAAGAUAUUGAGAUGGUAAAGGCAGAAACAUCUGAACCUGGACCAAGGAUGGAAAGGAACAAAAAACUGAGAAGUAAUGAUAUGAAGAGACUUUGCCUUAAAAUGAAAAAAUCUCUUUCUGAUUUAAACAGGAAUGCAGAACAGCAGGUUAAAAGACUAGAUGGACUGGAACAAAGUGUUUCUGGACUACAGAAACUUGUAGGGCCUCUGGUUGAGAAGGUGAAAACAUUUAUAAUUCAUAAUUCAAGUGUAAAACACCAUGUAAAAAAACGUAAAGUUUGCAAACCAGGUGAUUAUACAAAAGGAGCUGGACAUCCACAUCCCUUUAGGAUGCACAUUUUCUCGGAGACAACAGCUGAUGACCUGCGCAAGAAGAAAAAGGAAAAGGUCCUCACAGAAAAGUCGCAUUUAGCUGAGACAGAAACAAAAGAAAAGAAGCCACCAGAUUCAACAGAGGAGGCCGUCCAGGAGAGCCAGUCCUGCUCUCAGGAAGAAGAAGUUGAUAAACUCAACAAGGAAAAUGCCAAGAGGGAAAGUCCUGUUCUGCUUGAAGUGGAUCCUCCCAAAUUUCAUACUGAAGGGUCAGAGGAGAAAGAAGAAAGUUUGACUUCAGAAAGCUAUGAUGAAUAUAGGAGAAACUCUGUUCAGGAAUCCUUCACUCCAGAAGAGCAGCAGGAAGAGCAUGCUGUUGAUGAUGCUUGUCAAAGGCUAACUGGGCAGGAGACAGAGUGCGAGUCCCCAGCAGAUGAGGAAAAGAAGGAGGAACAUCAGGUGCCUGGGGAUGAACAACAAGAAGAGAGGGAGAAUGAAGGGGAGGGAAAUGCUGAUAAGAGUGAAAAAGGGGUUGAGGAACCACCAGCUCCUUCCCAAAAUGAAGAUGAGGCAGAACAAAGCCAUGAUGAAGAGGCAUCACUGGAAAGGUGUAAAAGCUGCGAAAAAGAUGAUAUUCCUACUCCACCAGCACCAUUCGAUCACCGGAUUGUCUCAGCCAAAAGGGUGGGGAUCAGCAAUUAUUAUAAUGUCAACGAGGAUGAAGUCCUGGGAGGGGGGCGAUUUGGGCAAGUGCACAAAUGUGAAGAGAAAGCAACAGGUCUCAAGCUAGCAGCCAAAAUUAUUAAAGCAAAAGGUCCAAAACAGAAGGAUGAAGUAAAAAAUGAAAUCAAUGUCAUGAACCAGCUGAAUCAUGUGAACCUCAUCCAGCUAUAUGAUGCCUUUGAGUCUAAAAAUGACAUUGUACUCGUCAUGGAAUAUGUGGAAGGAGGAGAGUUAUUUGACCGAAUUAUUGAUGAAAACUACAAUUUAACAGAGAUGGAUACUAUCUCAUUCAUAAAACAGAUCUGCAAGGGAAUUCAGUACAUGCACCAAAUGUACAUUCUUCAUUUGGAUCUCAAGCCUGAGAAUAUCCUGUGCGUGAACCGAGAGGCAAAUCAAAUAAAAAUUAUUGAUUUUGGAUUGGCAAGAAGAUAUAAACCCAGGGAAAAACUUCGAGUUAACUUUGGGACUCCAGAAUUUCUUGCUCCUGAAGUUGUGAAUUAUGAGUUUGUCUCUUUUCCUACAGACAUGUGGAGUUUAGGAGUAAUUGCUUAUAUGCUCCUCAGUGGAUUGUCUCCUUUUUUGGGUGAUGAUGACAAUGAGACCCUCAACAAUAUCCUGGCCUGUAACUGGGAUUUUGAAGAUGAGGAAUUUCAAGGUGUUUCUGAUGAGGCCAAAGAUUUCAUCUCAAAGCUUCUCAUCAAGGAAAAAUGCUGGAGAUUAAGUGCAACUGCUGCCUUAAAACACCCAUGGUUAACAGACCACAAGCUCCACUGCAGACUCCAGAAAAAGGUUAAAGGUGACUGUGUGUCCCAAGCACUCCCUGCUCAAUAA